AUGAUGAGCUUCUUCGCAUCCCCUGCUCUCAUCUUUGGCCUUGCAUUCCUCCUUCGAGCAGUCCUGCUCAUCUAUGGCAUCUACCAAGACUCGACAUCUGCCAUCAAGUACACGGAUAUUGAUUAUUUCGUCUUCACCGAUGCGGCUGCUUAUGUCUCCCGCGGAUCCUCUCCUUACCUAAGGUCCACCUAUCGCUAUACGCCGCUGCUCUCAUGGAUCCUACUACCCACAGCGCAGGGUGGCCUGCUUUUUCAUUCUGGCAAGGCGCUGUUUGCGCUGUCCGAUCUUCUAGCCGGCUGGAUCCUCAUGCGUUUGUUGGUCAAGCAGGGCCAUGCUCGAUCCACGGCCCUCAAGUACGCUUCCGUGUGGCUGCUCAACCCGAUGGUCGCCAAUAUUUCAACGCGUGGUAGCUCUGAAGGCCUGCUAUGUGCCCUAGUCCUCUCAUUACUAUACGCGUACACCGCCUGGUCGCCAACCAUCUCUGGGGCUCUCCUUGGCCUUGCCGUCCACUUCAAGAUCUACCCAUUCAUCUACGCCCCAGCAUUUCUCCUCGCCCUUCGACUCCCUCCACUGCCACAAGAAGCCACCAUGCCGCAAAUCUUCAACCACAUCGUCUCCACCCAACGAACCAACUUCACCCUCGCCGCACUCGGCACCUUCACGGCCCUAAACCUCCUCAUGUUCCAACUCUACGGCCCAGACUUCCUGCAACACACCUUCCUCUACCACAUCACGCGCCUGGACCACCGCCACAACUUCUCCCCCUACAACACCCUCCUGUACCUCUCCUCCUCCUCAUCCUCCGCCUUUGCCAUCGAAUCCCUCGCCUUCCUCCCCCAACUGCUCCUCUCCUGUGUCUUCCUCCCCCUCGCCCUCGCCACCCGCAACCUCGCCGGCUGCCUCCUCGCACAGACCCUCGCCUUCGUCACCUUCAACAAAGUCUGCACCAGCCAGUAUUUCCUAUGGUACCUGGUCUUCCUACCGCUCUACCUCCCCAACAGCAGGUUCUUCCUCCGCCGUCCCAAAGUCGGGUUCGCGGCCCUCUCGGCGUGGGUGCUGGGCCAGGCCCUGUGGCUGCAGCAGGGCUAUGAGCUGGAGUUUCUGGGACGCAGCACCUUCGUCCCGGGACUGUGGGUGGCGAGUCUGCUGUUCUUUGCCGUCAACUGUUGGGUUUUGGGCCUCGUGGUGCAGGAUAUUGUUGGCCAGCAGGGUGGGCAUGCGGAGGGUGGUGGUAAGAAGGUAGAGUAG